AUGGACCCUUUUGGUAUCGUCACUCCCAAUAUCUAUCUCACUGCUGACGAUAUCCUCGACGAGAUUGCGAUUGCCGUUGAGGGGGAGGACACUGAUGAUAGUGAUAGUGAUAAUAAUGAUGCUGAUGACACCUCUGCUGAUAAUGACGGUGCUGACGAUUCUGAUGACGAUGGACCGGUGGAAGCUGUAGCUACUGAGCCUGAAGGUGAGGUUGAACCUAUCCCUGACAUUGAAGUUCACUGGAUCAGCAGUGAUGAAGACUCUGAUAGCGACGAUUCUACGGAUUCCACCUCUGGCACUCCAUCCUUGGCAGAAGUCCUGGUUGAUCUCAGGGAUAUGUACUAUUCUGAGUAA